GAGCGGUCUUUCACAAACCACCCCGAAAUGCAAGGCACUCAACUUUGAGGCAGUCGUUGCCUCAUAAUUUCGAAGAACCGCCAAAAGAGUGGAAGACAAACGCUUUACGACCAUGACGGAUACGAGCAUCAUGGAUACUACUACUAGUACGAGCACCAAGAAGGAAAUCACUGUUGAAGAAGCAUUUGCUCGUUUCUUGACGGACAAAGCAGCGCAUGAUGUCUCCUUUCGAGGCAAUGACACUGUCGUUGUCUCUGCCAACCGAUGUGCUCUCGCGAUGAGAAACGACGUUUUCCGCUCCAUGCUCCUGGGCGACUUUGUUGAGGCCACUCAAGCCAUCGUAGCAAUCGAUUUUCCAGGCGGUACUUUGAAGGCCCUCCUAGAGUAUCUCCACACCAACAAAUGCCAGCUUUUGGAAGCCAACGACGAUGACACUCCCAAUGAUCAAGACCGUCGAUAUUACGUCGAACGCGUCGAGUCCCUUGUCUCCCUUUCUGAAGCUGCAUGCUACUUUGAAUGUCCUGGCCUUGCUACAAUGGCACGAAAGAGCUUGGCAGGGGCGGUCAAGUCUUCACCAUCGUUCUCGUUUGCACUUUGCGAAGUCAGCGUCAACUGGUGCAACCCGUUGGUCACACAGGUGCUAGAUUUUGCCAAGUCGAUCUUCCAGAGCGAGGACAUCUCCGCCAGUGUCAUGCAGAACGUCGCUCUUUCGGUGUUGCAAGUGAUUAUUCAAGACGAUUCUCACCGAGCCUCCGAGUUUGAUCGAUUCGAAAUGCUCCGACUGUGGCUUGGGCAUUCACCCGAUGCCCAAGAUCCUCAUUGUCGCAGCAAGGCGAUGGAACUCACGCAGCAAAUUCGUCUCGAGCUCAUCGUGUCCCCUCAGCUUGCAUCGUCGGUUACGGAAAGCCAAGCUGUUGCUCUCUACGACGGCGGCUCCAUUCAAGAGCACCGCAUUCCCUUGCCGAUCUGGGAGGGAUCCAUGAGUACCUCGUGCAACGGUGACUACUGCUUCGGUCAUGACACCAAGGCGUUGAAGAUCUCGCCUUUGCACGAUGGUGUCCACAAGUGGACAGUCCACGUAACUCAGUACUGUCGCCCAGUCUGGGUUGGUGUUGCGCUGCAGUCUGCCGACACCAAUACUUCGUAUCGUACGACGGAAUCUUUGUCAAAGCAGAAAAAUGGGUGGGUCUACGGAAGCAGCGGCAUUUCGUUCCAUUAUUCACCUCAACCAGACUGUGUUCAUCCAAAGUUUGGCAUGGGCUCCUACGUAUCCCUGACUCUCGACUUGCUUGAUACUUCUGACGGCAAUGGAACUUUGUCGGCUUCUGUGGAUGGCGGGGAAACCUUUGUGCUGUUUCAGAAUCUUCGCCAAGAAAUUGAUACAACUCUGGGAGGACAAGGCUUUCUCCCGGCAGUGUCCCUCAAGCAAGCCGGGGCAAUUCAGCUUGUGGACUUCCGCACGUCCGCAGUCUGAGUUACUAGCUACCGGUACCUAGUUGUCUUACUCUAUUUUGAAGGAACCGCAUAACUGGGAAGAUCUCAAGGAAGUUGAUAGUUCAACCCUAUGCACGCGUCACAUGGGUAACCAAUAACUCAUAGCAUUCUUGUUUGCAAAACGAUGCACAAACGCUGGACGUCCAAGGAUUUUCCCUGGAGUGGACAGGAUCGAUACGGUACGGUACAUCUGGUACCGGGGUACGGUAUGGUCUGAAUCUCGGGUUUCCUUUUUUGGUGGUG